AUGUUGGCAUAUUGUAAUAUAUCAAAUCCUCUACAACUGUGGGAGAAGCAUAAAGAAAUAAUGUGUGAAGAUAUAUUAAAGAGGGAUGCAAAAUCAGGUUUUGACGAGGACAUUUUUAAUGAAGGAUUACUAAUUAUUAAUAGAUCACUCGAAUCAGUCAUUGGGAAAAAUAUAUGUGAGUACGGGUUUAGCGUUAACAGUCAAAAUAUUACAAAUAAUUUGGAAUAUGACAAAUAUAAUUUAGAAGAACUACAAAAAAUACUUAAUGAAAGGGAACCGAAUUUAUUGGAAGGUCAAUUAAGAAUCUACAAUGAAAUAAACAGAAAGAUUGAAGAAAAUGAUGGUAAAAUAUUCUUCAUAGAUGCACCGGGAGGUACAGGUAAAACAUAUCUAUUAAAUUUAUUAUUGGCAAAGGCGAGAUGCAAUAAUAAAAUAGCUAUAGCAGUUGCUUCUACAGGUAUUGCGGCUACGCUUUUAGAUGGUGGACGAACAGCACAUUCAAUGUUCAAACUACCAUUAAAUCUAGCAAAGGAUAUGGAGCCAGUUUGUAAUAUUAAAGGAAAUUCACUUAUUGGGACUAUUAUACGUGAUUGUAAUCUAAUAGUAUGGGAUGAGUGUACAAUGGUAAGUAAAAGAGCAUUUGAAGCAGUUGACAGAACUUUUCGCGACAUCAAACAUUCAGAUUCACCUUUUGGUGGAUCGGUGUUAGUAUUAGCAGGUGAUUUUAGACAGACACUGCCUAUUAUUCAAAGAGGAACACCAGCAGAUGAACUUAAUGCAUGUUUGAAAUCAUCGUAUUUGUGGACCUUGGUAAAAAAAAUAAGUCUAAAUGUAAAUAUUCGUGCACAAAAGUCAGAAACAAAUUCAUUCGCUAAGGUACUUUUAAAUGUAGGGAAUGGAACACUCGAAACAAAUUCAGAAGAUUUUAAGGUAUCACUACCUCCAGAGUUAUGCAUAAAUGUAAACAGACCAGAAGAAUUAUUAACCUCAGUUUAUCCAAAUCUAGAGGAAAAUUACACAUGCUUUGACUGGCUUAGGGAAAGAGCAAUACUAGCACCACUAAAUGACGAAGUACAUAAUAUUAAUUUAGAUUUGCUCAUUAAAUUACCAGGAAUGGAACGUAUUUAUAAAUCUGUAGAUGUAAUUAUGGAUCAAGAAACAGCAUGUGAAUAUCCUGUGGAAUUUCUAAAUUCUUUAGAACCGUCAGGGAUGCCUCAUCAUACUUUAAAAUUAAAGGUAGGAGCGCCAGUUGUUCUAUUACGAAAUCUAGAAUCUCCAAGGUUAUGUAAUGGUACAAGAUUAGUAAUAACAAAUUUAAUGUCUAAUAUUAUAGAAGCAACGAUAUUAACGGGGAAAAAUAAAGGAGAAGAUGUUUAUAUUCCAAAAAUUCCAAUAAUUUCGGAUGAAUUACCAUUUAGAUUUAAGAGACUACAAUUUCCAUUGAAGUUGAGUUUCGCAAUGACAAUCAACAAAUCACAGGGACAAACCCUUAAGUAG